CAUCAGGCAGGAUGGGUGCAAACCUCUGCAUCCAUCACAGGAGACAACACAUCUGGAGGAAGAGUCCAGCGGUUCCUCUGAAGGAGCAAACGUUUGGGUUUGAAUUAUUUAUUUUUAAUUUAUUGUUUUAUUCAAGACAUCAGUGAUGUUUAAGAGCAAGAAUCCAGAGGAAGUCCACCUGGUGACAGAACCCAAGAAGAUUUAUACACUCCCUGGAAGUGUGCCAAACGAUGAAGAGUGGCAGAAAGAUGCCAAGCACUGCCACGACAACAGCCGCGCACAGGCGGAACGAGAGACGGAGAAGAAAAAUGCCAGACGGAGGUUAUAUGUGGUUUCUGUCAUCUGUUUGCUUUUCAUGGUCGGUGAGAUCGUCGGUGGAUAUUUGGCGGGAAGUCUUGCAGUGAUGACGGAUGCAGCCCACCUUCUGACGGACCUAACCAGCUUCAUCAUCAGCUUGUUCUCCCUCUGGCUCUCCUCGAAACCCGCCACACAAAAACUCAGCUAUGGCUGGCACCGUGCAGAAAUCAUGGGUGCGCUGCUGUCAGUUUUUACCAUCUGGUUGGUCACAGGAGUGUUGGUUUAUCUGGCUGUGGAGCGGCUCAUUAGUGACGACUACACCAUUGAGGGUGAAAUUAUGCUCGUUACCUCAGGCUGUGCUGUGGUGGCCAAUAUUAUAAUGGCGGUCACCCUUCAUCAGUCUGGCCACGGCCACAGUCAUGGUGGGCUGAGUUCACAUGGACACAGUCACAGUCCAAAGAAAGAAAAAAUAAAGAAGCUUACAUCAAAUGGCAUCUACUCAAAUGAAGAGUGCAUAAACAUGGAGCAAAGUCAUGCAGAUCAUGGUAAGAGGGCUCAGCAGGCCAAUGCAAGUGUGCGAGCAGCUUUUGUUCAUGUGAUGGGAGAUCUCCUGCAAAGUGUCAGUGUGCUAGUUAGUGCCAUCAUCAUCUUCUUCAAGCCAGAAUACAAGAUGGCCGACCCGAUCUGCACCUUCCUGUUCUCCAUACUGGUCUUGUGCACCACCUUCACCAUCAUGCGAGACAUCCUUCUCGUCCUGAUGGAGGGCACUCCGUCGGGGGUGAAGUACAGCGAGGUGCGAGACCGUUUGUUAGCGGUAGAGGGGGUCACGGCGGUCCACAACCUUUACAUCUGGGCCCUCACCAUGAACCAGGCCGUGCUCUCUACACACGUUGCUAUAGAUGACUCCGUUGAUGCUCAGACCGUCCUGAGAGAAAUGACCCAGGCUUGUUUCUCCUCCUUCAACUUCCACUCCGUUACCAUCCAGAUGGAGCGGCAGGCGGACCUGAAGCCUGGCUGCACGCUGUGUGAAACCCCCCAGAAGUAG